AUAAAAGGGCAAUAGAGAAGUAAGCGGUCUCUCUCUCUGCUCUGUGGUGCUACAGUGUGCUAGUAGCUGAAAAUGGAAGCAACACGAGAGCAGUGGGAGGAGAAUGAGGAAGUGGGCAUGGACUUGCGAGGAAGGCCGCCUCGCCAAAUCAUCAACACGAUCACUAGUGGUGAACAUGUUGUCUGUUCCUCACAGAGUUCAAGUGAAGCUGAAUCUCUCAAUGCAGAGGAGGAGGAAGAAGAAGCUAAGGGAAGCCCAAGAAAUGGUUUUCGCAUGGUCUCUGACAAAAAUGGUACUGAAUCCUCAUAUGCGUCUGGUUUCAAUGGUGGAGAAGUUGAGUAUCUUAUUUCCAAGAAAAUUUCUGGGAGUGAAAUAGUGGCUAGUGAAGUAGAGAGUCUAAGCUUUCAAAAGAGUGUUGAAGCCAAGCGUCAAGAUGAUGACUAUAUUAAGUUGAAGGAUGAAGAGUUACCUGGUUUUGGUGCUUUACCAGGAGAAGUUGAGUAUCUUAUUUCCAAGACAAUUUCUGGGAGUGAAAUAGUGGCUAGUGAAGUAGAGAGUCUAAGCUUUCAAAAGAGUGUUGAAGCCAAGCGUCAAGAUGAUGACUAUAUUAAGUUGAAGGAUGAAGAGUUACCUGGUUUUGGUGCUUUACCUUCCACGCAGUCCAUUGAGCAAAAUGAACGCUCUGCUUCUCUGGAAAAUGGAAAGGCUGAACACGGGAAAGUUAAGUUGAGAGACAUAAGUGAGCAAGAAGUGUCUGAAUUGUAUCUUGAGAGGGUAUAUGAGAAGCCGGCUGCGCAUGAAUUCUACUGUCCUAAUUGCAAUUCUUGCAUCACCAAGGUUCUUAUCCGUGAGAGAGAAUUGGAGAAUAGACCUGAAACUAUACCACUUCCUGAGCCAAUUGAUACAAUUAGAUGCACUUCGUGCUUUAGUUUCCUCAUUCCUGCAGGCAAUUGGUUCUUUCUCAAAGCAGUAGCCAAAGAAGAGGAACAUCCGACAGUUCAAGGAAUCAAUAUUGAAGACAAUGUUGGAGCUUCUGUUCCAUCAUAUGAUUCUAACGGAACAAUACAAGAUCAAAAUAGUCAAGUUGCAUCAGUAGGUAAGGGCUCACUGUCUAAUGAGUAUAUUGGACCGUCAAGAAAUAAUCUUGACAGCAGAAUUGGAGUUGAAUUGCCAGUUUCACCACAAGACUCGAAGGAAACAUUAUAUGAUAAAAGACCUCCAACGCCUGCUCAGUCAAUUGGAAUUAAUCAAGCUGUAUCAGUAGAUAAAGCUCCAGAGCCCUAUCUCGAGAGUAGAGUUGGAGUUGAAUUGCCAGUUUCACCACAAGACUCGAAUGAAACAUUUUAUUAUCAAAAUCCUCCAAUGCCUGCUCAGUCAGAUGGAGGUAGUGAAGCCACGUUGAUUGGUAAAGCUCCAGAGCCCUAUCUCGAGAGUAGAGUUGGAGUUGAAUUGCCAGUUUCACCACAAGACUCGAAAGAAACAUUUAAUGAUCAAAAUCCUCCAAUGCCUGCUCAGUCAGUUGGAGUUAGUGAAGCCUUGUUGAUUGAUAAAGCUCCAGUUCCUGGUGACUUUGUUGAAGCUAGCAUUAAUGGAGUUCAGGUGCCAGUUCCAUCAUAUGACUCUAAUGGAACAUUACAUGAUCAAAAAUCUCCAUUGCCUGGUCAGUCGGUUGUUAGCAUAACUGUUACAACUCAGCCACCAGCACCUGAAAUAGAUGAUGCAGGGCCAGCUGAAACAAAACCUCGUGAGAGCACAACAGUCAUUAUUAGAUCAGGUGGACCAACAAUAAUAUCUGAACCAAGUGAUGCCAAAACCUUUGAAAUCCUCAAAAGCAUCGUAUAUGGAGGUUUAACUGAAGCAAUUGCAAGCUUAAGCAUUGUGACAUCUGCCGCUAGUGCUGGUACUGCCACAUUGAACAUUCUAGCUUUGGCCUUGGCAAACUUGCUGGGUGGUCUUUUCAUCAUUGGACACCACCUUUGGGAACUGAAAGUCGAUCAAUCAAGAGUUACCUCCGGUGAAACAGAUGAACAAGUGGAUAGAUAUGAAGAAGUACUGGGGAAAAGAGAGAAUUUUUUUCUUCAUGCCUCAGUUGCCAUAUUAUCGUUCCUCAUUUUCGGAUUAGUACCUCCUUUGGUUUAUUGCUUCUCAUUCCGUCAGAGCAAUGACACGGACCUAAAGCUUGCAGUAGUUGCCGCAUCUUCCCUCUUAUGCAUCAUACUUCUUUCAACUGGUAAGGCUUACAUCCAGAGGCCACAAAAGUACAUGAAAACUUUGCUGUACUAUAUCAUCAUUGGGGUUGGGGCUGCCGGUAUUUCUUACUUAGCAGGCGACCUGAUUGACAAACUUAUAGAGAAGCUUGGCUGGUUCAACUCAACUGUGUCUGGCACUCUGCCUCUCCCUCAGAUGAGUAUAGUGAAGCCUGCAUGGAAAUCCUGGUGACAUAAUGGGAACUCAACAUGGAAUUUUGUAGUUUUACUUGGAGUUAGUCUUAGUACGGCAGCAAUUAGCAUCUAAACUUUGCUCUAGAAAUAAAGUAGUUGAGAUAUUUGCUCAGCUGGUUUAAUUUGUAAUUGUAGCAAUACUUUUUUUUUUGGGAAUAAUUCCAUAGAGCACAACCCAGUUUAGAUGGUU